AUGUCUACCGCUGCCUCUGAGCUCAAGGAGUCUCUGCGCCUGGCUUCUGAGUCACUGAAUCUCGCCGGAUCAUCAGCCAUUAAACUUGAACCACAGUUUGCUGUGUUAGAUGCCAUCCUUGAUGCCACGGUCUACGAUUUGACAGAGCCAUUAUGGGAGCGCGAUAUGUUACGAAGUGCGAUUGCAGUCGCGAGCCGUUUGGCAAAUGCGCACCCUGGGAGGGAGAGGCUGCUCCCUAUGACGGCGGCCAUGAACGAUCUUCUUAACACCCUCAGGCUGAUCUUUGAGAUAACGUCGCGUUUUGAGAGUGUCUCGUCGCUAGAGGAACGCCACCUUGAAAAGAUCAUCGCGCGUGCAGGGGGAUCCAAGGCAGUUCUUCAAGACGAUGCAAUAUUGCGAGAUGUCCUUUCAGCUGCACUGGAUCACUCCGCCGACAAGCCCGUGCAUCCACUGCACGGGCCGUGGACCGGGACGCGGCAUUCUCCGAGCCUGUUUGCAACCCCAGAGAGGCAUGAUUCGGAACCGCCCGAUCACAGUGACAACGAAGGAGUUACCGUCGGUGCUAUCAUUGAAGCAACGGUCGAUACUGCAGAGGCGUACACCGAUGCCCUUGGCGACGACUUCAAUGACAUCGAAGACGCUGCAUCCCAGUUCGCGCAGCUCGCGCCUGCUCUCUUAGAUGCACUGCAAGUGGUGGCAGAUAUUCAUCCAUUCGCGAAGAUUACGUUUGCCGCAUUCCACGCCGCAUACAAACUUUACGUCGGACGGAAGGAGAAUGACAAGCAGGUCACCUUCCUCCAUGAAACUGAUAACCUUAUCACGAAACGAUUUCAACGUCUCUUCAAGAAGACCGAGAGCGACAUCAAGCACUGCUCGCACGAGUGCACAACCUACACCAAAAAGACAUGGGCAUCGAAGCUCUUCCUCAGUCCCAUAUGGGCGAUGAGACUCUCUCAACACGUCGAAGUCUUCCGCACUCGUAAGACGGAGUUUCGCGACGAGAUUUUGAAUCACAUCAUGUCCGGCGUCAACGACAUCAAGGCCAACCUCGGGUCUCCGCCACAGCCGGUGUUCAAGAAACAGCAGUGCGUCAGCACGAAGAACGUGCGGAUGUACUUUCAGAAUACGGCCUCGGCGGCAGAACAAGCCUUUCGGCAGCGCGUACUCGAGAAAGGAAGCGUGAAGGAGUUGAUGAGCAACAAAACAGCGCCUCUCGAGAUCUACGAGAUUGAGCGCCGUGAACGCUCCCGCGUGGGAGUCAGCGAGGGGCCCGUUGCAGAUGCACCUGUAGCUUUCCCCGACUUAAAAACCUACACAAAGGAGCUUUACGAAGAUCCUGCCGCGGCCAUCGCCCGAAGUUUCAACGAGUUCGAAAUCCGCUUCGGGCGGGAACAGCAGCGGUGCUUAGAAUAUCUCACGCAUGUAGUCACCGCCCAAGCCGACCGCGUUAUCUCGAGCCUCCGCGCGGGUCCGCACGACGAGCUUGUAGACGACGACAUGAAACUACUAUGGGAACAAAUGCAUUGGGGCCGCAGCGAGGACUCACAAUACUUUUCCCGAGCAUUGAGGGAGCACUACCGGGAGAAAGACAAGCGUUGCGAGAUUCCUAUACGGUGGCUCGCAUUUAAGACAUUAGCCUGGCAGUGGUUAGCGAAGGUAUUCAAGGACAAGAUCGAUACCAUGCUCGCGGAAUUCUUUUGGUUGAAGGACAAGACGCUUCCAGAGAACCUCGAACACGUGGAUCGCUACUUGCACAAGGCGUGGCCAAGGAUUCACGUUCUCACUCGUUCCUUCUAUCAAGAACGCACUGUGGAUGUGGGUGUACUCCCUGCCGAACUCAAGGCGCGGACGGAGGCCGAAGUGCAGCUUCUUCGUGACAAGCUUCUCGUUAUCCGGUAUCGUGUCGCGGACUGCAGCAGCCUUUAUGAACUUCUCGGAACCGAGUGCAUCGAGCAGGCAAGACAGUCCCUCACCGUCCCGCUGCAUCCUAAUGAACUCGAGAGCGCCAUAACCAGCCUAGAGUCUCUCUUCCACGCUAUACAGGCCUUCGUCAUGACUAUCUGGACGAAACGUUCCUGCGACUCUGCCAAGGAGCUAAAGGAGUACGCAUGCGGGCUGUUCGACUACUGGCAUGAUCCUUCGACCGUCUGGUCUCGUCGCAAUCUUCAGAGAGUGACAUAUGCACAGUUCUAUGGACCCGAGAACAAGGAGGACCUCGAUCCGGAAGACGUCCUCUACUAUACGUAUGGGGAGCAGCUGCCUCGCUCUACAUCGGAAAACAAGCGAAUCGCCAUUCAUUUCUGGUUCUUCGCGGAUGGUAACAGCGACAUCAGGUGCGCCAACUGCUUCCGAGACGUCGUGGGUGCACGCACUGUCUGCAUGGACUGCGGCAUGGAUGUCACCAAGACCGUCAACUUCUGCCAGAGUGUGCGCUGCAGGGAUGCGAAGAUCGGAUUGGACCUCCGUCCGGACCUUGCAAGUCCGCAUCUGGCGACACAUGCUAUGUUCAAAGUGAGGCCUGUUUUGCACCUGCGCGACUUCGCGAAGGUGGACGUCCAAGCACGGGACACGCUGCGAGCGGCAAGGAAUUCGCUGCGCAUCGGCGCACAGAUGUCGUGCUGUGGCUGUGGCUCCCCCGCGCUGCUGCCCUGCUGGGCGUGCAUCAGUUGUCCUGACGUUUUCCUAUGCGACAAGUACAAACUUCUCCAAGAUGAAAACCAUACCCGGAAGCAUGGCGUAGUUAGAUUCCAGGACGAGCAGGCGGUCAUUGACAGACGUCUGGAAGCCGUUGAGGAAAAGCUCGCUGCCGUGGUCAAGGGUCUUGACGCUCUCAACGGGCGUUUCGACGGGCUUGAGGAGUUGUUGCAGAAGACGUUGGCAGUCCGCGAUGCUGAGGAGAUUCAGCGCUGUACGAAUGUUCGCAACUCAAUAUCAUCCUGGAUAUUUCCCGUGAAGUUUCUUCUACCGGAUUGA